AUGACGCUCUGGGAACAGCUCUCCUCCACGCCCGACCCGGCCAUCCGCGACAUCCUCAAGAUCCCGCACGAAGCCGACGACGGCGAUCGCAGGCCGUGCACGCUCAUGGACGCCAUCGGCCGGGAAAGCCGCGGCGAGGGAGGCGACGGCAGGGUCAACUGGAAGCCGCUGCGCGACCGUCUCUGGCUCCGCCGAGCCGCGAACGCGUCUUCGACUACCACCCGCAACCGGCGGGCCGACGAAGAUGGAAGCGAGGAGGAAGAUGAGGAGAGCGAGGCGCCGGCGGUGGCCUCCAUGUCGCUGAUGGCGCUGCUGGAGCAGUCGGACAGCCAGUGGGACGACCAAGACGACGAGGAGGACGGCGCUGUACACGUCGACGGGGACGGCGACGGGCGGGAAGAGGAGGAAGAGAUGGUGCGCGCGUGCUGCGUGUGCAUGGUGCGGCACAAGGGCGCGGCCUUCAUCCCGUGCGGCCACACCUUCUGCCGCCCGUGCUCCCGCGACCUCUGGCGUACCCGCGCCGACUGCCCACUCUGCAACGCCUUCAUCCACGACAUCCUCCACAUCUUCUGAAUUCUAUACAUGCAUGCCUGCCAUUUAUUUCUACAGCAGUUCUUCAUCCAUUCACUCAACCACAGUAAGGUUCUGAACUAAGAUUCAGCCAUCCCGCGACGUGGUCACUGUUGU